AAAGGGAGAGAAGACAGUAUUGGCCUUGUUUUGAUGUUUUAGUUAGAAAAAUCAACCGGAUUUUCUUUCUUUCUUUCUCUCUCUUUCUUUUUAUCACAUAAACCGCCUACAUCAUACAUGCGCUUCAUCAAUUACCAAAGCCUUAAAGUUGCUGUGUGUGUUCGAACAACACAACUUUUCCUUUAUAAUUUUCCUCACUGCCCUUCAGUUAAAGUACCUACCUAGAGGGAAUUCUGGUGUUUUCCAUGGUUAAAGCAGGAAAACUUUUGUUCUGGUCUCAAUCAAUCAAGCUAGCUCUUGGAUAAAUUUUGCUGUUAUAUACAAGAGAGAUAUGCUGCGUUGUGGAGAAUUUGAUAUUAAGAGAAUAUCAAUUGAAGGGUUCAUAAAGUUUCAUCAAGAGAGAUAGCACAAUAGCAUCAUAACACGUCAAAAGGUGGCACAGCAUGAAUAAGAUGAGCAACUUGAGUUGUGUUAGGAGCUCUGAUCUCAUAGAUGCCAAGCUUGAAGAGCAUCAACUGUGUGGAUCCAAACAGUGCCCUGGUUGUGGUCACAAAUUUGAAGGGAAGCCGGACUGGCUAGGUCUCCCAGCGGGAGUGAAGUUUGAUCCAACAGACCAAGAACUCAUUGAACAUCUUGAAGCCAAAGUUGAGGCAAAGAAUAUGAGAUCACACCCUUUGAUAGAUGAGUUCAUUCCCACCAUUGAAGGAGAAGAUGGGAUUUGUUACACCCAUCCUGAGAAACUUCCAGGAGUGACAAGAGAUGGCUUAAGCAGACACUUCUUCCACAGGCCCUCAAAGGCAUACACAACGGGGACACGAAAGAGGAGAAAGAUUCAAAACGAAUGCGACUUGCAAGGAGGAGAAACCCGAUGGCACAAGACAGGUAAGACCAGACCAGUCUUGGUUAACGGCAAGCAAAAGGGUUGCAAGAAGAUUCUAGUGCUCUACACCAACUUCGGGAAGAACAGAAAACCAGAAAAGACCAACUGGGUGAUGCACCAGUACCAUCUGGGCCAGCACGAGGAAGAGAAAGAGGGAGAACUUGUGGUGUCAAAGAUAUUCUACCAAACGCAACCAAGGCAAUGCAACUGGUCAGAUAGAAGUGCCACAACUGGUGAAGGAAGUGGAGAUCAACAACAACCUAACAGUGGAAUAAGAGAGAGUGGAAGUGGAAGUUGUUCUUCUAAGGAAAUUGUUACUCAUAGAGAUGAAAUGUCUGCGGUUGUUGGGGUCCCUCCAAUGACAACGUUCAACACUGCCUUGGAUCUUCAACAACUCAACUCUGAUCAUUUUGGCUUCAUCCCGUUCAGAAAAAGCUUCGAUGAGGUUGGAAUAGGAGAAGCUUCGAGAGCAAGAGAAGUUCAAGCAUCAGGAUCAUGCGAUGAAGCACAUGAACGACAUGUAGCACAUCAUCAUCAACAACAGCAGCAUGCGCACCAACAAAUUGCAACCACAGCCUUCCAUAUCAGUACACCUUCGCAUCCCAUCUCAACCAUCAUCUCUCCUCCACCCCUUCACCAUGCAUCCAUAAUCCUAGACGACAACUCUUACCAUGUCUCCAGAAUAAUGCUCCAAAAUGAAAAUUUUCAGCAACAGCAGCAACAACAUCAUAAACUAGGAGGAAGGUCUGGCUCUGGUUUGGAGGAACUCAUCAUGGGGUGCACUUCAACUGAUAUCAAAGAGGAGUCAUCAAUUACAAACCAACAAGAAGCUGAAUGGUUGAAGUACUCUUCUUACUGGCCAGACCCUGGCAACCUGCAGGAUCAUCAUCAGUAGUAGACAACAAAAGAAACAAUUAAAAAAAAAAACCACAAACAAGACAACAUCAUUGUGGUCAUCAUUAAUGCUUGAAGCAUACCUCAAGUUUCUUUUCAACAAAAAGCCAAGUAAUCAGAUCCAUGGUUUUCUCAUUUUCUUUCUUUUUUCCAAUGAUGUCAGUUUAUGAUAAGCUUUGGUGGCUCUCAACGGAACUAACUGUGUGCAACGGAACAAGUUGGAAAGAAAGGGAGAAAGAAAAAAGGAAAAGAAAAAAAAAUUAUUUGAAGCAAAAGCUGCUCUCCCUGGCGGAGAACGACCAAAGUCACAAAGUUAAAUGCAUACUGCUGCAUGAAAAUCAUCACAUAAUAUGAUUACAGUAUCAUCCCUCUUAUUAUUCAUAUUAUUUUAUUAUUUUAAGAUAUAUGUCUGUAUUAGUUCACUUUUCCUGUUUUUUACACAAGAAAUAUAUACCAAUGAGAUUGAGCAAACUCGGGACCACCUUGUUGCUCGUGCUAUAUAGUUAAUUAGGUAUAUAUGCUAUUAAGAUAAGGUGAGGUGAGAUUUUUACACUAAAUCAAUUAAGUUCAUUUGUUUGAGAAUCAUGUACCAAACGAUAUAUAUUCAGGUAUUUUUCAUACGGUUAGCAUUUUUAUGAUUUUACUAAAGAAUUAAUUUGAAUCA